UUCCUAUUGGCCAUCCUCUCUCGAGGGGCGGGGCCGGGCACACGUGUUUUUUUAAAGUCCGUCACUUCAACCACAACUAUCUUCCUCAGUGCGGACGGAGAGGGUUAUGGCACAAUCUACCGCGCCAGAGCUGAAAGCCGGAAAAGGAAACAAGAGAAGCAAAAGAGUCAAGAGAAGGAGCUGGGCAGAUUUGGCGCAAACUGGAUUUAUCAUCACAAGGGAAAAGCUGAUUUUGCGCAGUAAGCGCCAACAGCAGUUUUUGUCCCGGAUGAGGUUCAAAUCGAGCAUCAGCGAGGACUGAGCUGCCCUCACCCAGAGAAGCACAGGCCCCCGCGUCCCGGUUCCCAGCAGGACUGAGUCCUGCUCGCCAACAUUUUUCUGCUUGAGCUUGUCCCCCCGUAGCAUUCAAAACUGUUUCUCCAACGCUUCUAUCAAAAACUUAGACUGUUUUCCAAAGCAGAAGCGGCCCAGCCCCCCCCGCUGGAAGUGAUGGGGAGUGUGCGGAGCCACCGUUACAGCAUCGUGUCCUCUGAGGAAGACGGCAUGAAGCUGGCGGCCAUCGCUGUCCCAAACGGCUACGGCAAUGGCGACGUCAACAAAGGGCACGCGGGGCACCAACAUCAAAGCCGCUUUGUCAGGAAGGACGGCCACUGCAACGUGCAGUUUAUCAAUAUGAGCGAGAAGAGCCAGCGCUACCUGGCAGAUAUCUUCACCACCUGCGUGGACAUCCGCUGGCGCUGGAUGGUGCUCAUAUUCUGCCUGUCCUUCCUGCUGUCCUGGCUGUUUUUUGGAUUAGUCUUCUGGCUGGUGGCGCUUUUUUACGGGGACUUAGAGAAUGAAACUCAGAUGUGCGUUUCCAACGUGGACAGCUUCACCGCUGCGUUCCUGUUCUCGGUUGAGACCCAAACCACGAUCGGCUACGGCUACCGCUACGUGACGGAAAAAUGCCCCAUCGCAGUUUUCAUGGUGGUUUUCCAAAGCAUCGUCGGCUGCAUCAUUGAUGCUUUUAUCAUCGGUGCCGUUAUGGCAAAGAUGGCAAAGCCCAAAAAGAGGAACGAGACGCUGGUGUUUAGCCACUAUGCCACCGUGGCCAUGAGAGACGGGAAGCUGUGCCUGAUGUGGCGAGUUGGGAACUUGAGGAAGAGCCACCUGGUGGAGGCCCACGUUCGGGCACAGCUCCUUAAGUCGCGCACAACAGCAGAGGGAGAGUUCAUCCCCUUGGAUCAGGUGGACAUUGACGUGGGCUUUGACAGCGGCAUCGACAGAAUCUUCCUGGUGUCUCCGAUCACCAUCGUCCACGAGAUUGAUGAGGACAGCCCUUUCUACGAGAUGAACAAACAGGAUUUGGAGACGUCAGACUUUGAGAUUGUGGUGAUUCUGGAGGGGAUGGUGGAGGCCACCGCGAUGACGACUCAGUGUCGGAGCUCCUACGUGGCCGGUGAGAUCCUCUGGGGCCACCGCUUUGAGCCAGUGCUCUUUGAAGAAAAGAACUACUACAAAGUGGACUACUCUCGCUUCGACAACACCUACGAGGUGCCCAGCACGCCCAGCUGUAGCGCCAGGGAGCUGGCGGAGAAGAAGUCCGCCGCUUCCAGCAUGAGGAACUCCUUUUGUUACGAGAACGAGGUGGCUCUGGAAAAAGUGGAAAUGGAGGAGGAGUUUGAGGAGGAGGAGAACAGACUGAUGAGGGACUCGGAGGUUUGUGCACUUGGGGACACAGGCACAGAUCUGGGAUCAGAUGCUGAGUGCAACCUGGAUUCUCUGCCUUCAGAAUCAAGGCCUUUGACAGCAGAAUCACAAAUAUAACUGCAGGUGUGAGUGCAGGUUGCAAUGGCGUUUGCUUUAACUUUGAUCCUGUGUUUUUAAAUCAUGCAUGACAAUCUGUAGACUGUGAUUUGAGUGUGAAAUUCAGCUUAAAGAAGCUCACAAGACACCAGUGAAAUAUAAACUUUAGUCUUUUUAAAGGAAAGUUUAAGCCUGUCUUGAGCCUGGUGGAUUGAGUGAGUUACAUGUCAUCAUGUACAUAGAGCUCAGUCUGAUCCUGAGGAUAUGGCCUAACAGGAUUAUAUUUUAAUAUUUAAGUUUGUUAGCCAGUUGAAUUCAGGAUUAAAAUAAACUUGCUCCUUGUUUGCACUUUCUGGAUUAUGAAUCCUAGAUUUUUUUUAUAAAGAAUAAAUGUCACAUGAAGUUGUGACAGCUAAAAGAAAGAAAUGGCGAUCUAAAUUUAUGACUUUUUAAUCAUAUUUAGCAUAAAAUGAUUUAAAGUCAGAGCACCAGCACAAAAGCAUGGUAUCAUUUGUUAACGAGCUGGCCUCUUAGCAAAGUCUCUUCAGUCUUUUUAACUGUGUUGGCGUGACAAAGAACAAUUUUGAGUUGCACAAAUACACUAAGCUCCUCAACCUAUCAUCCUGUCUGUGUGCAGAAUCUUUUGCAAUGUGUGCCUUAACAAAAGUCUCAGCUCCUGUGCAGGCGCUCUGGUGGUUAGGCUUUUGAGCACACCCUGCAUUAGAUCUCACAGAAAGCAGAAGCAAUAAGUUGUGACUCACUGUGCAGGUUGCUGCCGCCUCUUGCAGGUUUUUAUGUGCAAUACUGUCCAGCGGAGAGAGAACAGAGGAGGCUCUACUGUGAGCUACGGCUAUGAAUGUUGAUGAAAAGUGCUGCUAAGUUACAUAUUGUGCGGUUAGACCGAGCCAAAAUGUAUUAUUUGUCUCUUUUUUUCUUCCCAUUUUCUUGAGAGUGCACGUGCAUUCUCUAGUAUUAUUUCUAGCUAUAUAGAAGCAUGAUGCUGUAAAGUGUGUUUUCCGACGCUUCAGAGCACUUUCUUCCUUCUCCACAUGAUGACCAGAAGCUGUUUUAUUAAUCAAGCCAGAUGUAUAAAUCUAUAUUACUAUUAUCUUUUAGCUUAAAUAAAGCCUAAUUUUGUUUGUUUCUGGAUGUUAAAACUGAGUUCACUAAACUAAGUUUUACAUGGGUUCAUUUGCGCUGUUUGCAAAUAAAACCAGUACGAUUAAUCACACAUAAUUGCAGAUUCAUAGCCAGAUUCAGUGCAGAUAAUGGCUGAAAACUCGGUGGCUCUUCAAAUGCAUCUUUCUGUAGGUAUCAGUGUUCAUAGAAUGCAAAUGGAUGCAUUUUAGUAAACUCACUCAGCUCACUAAUCCUAGUCUGGUGGGAUUAUUACAGCCCUACAGAACCCUGGACGUGACAUUAAAUAAAUAAAAGUUCCCUUAAAAUAACAAUUUAUAUGCAAAAAUUGUUGCCACAAAUUAGCAGUUUAUUUGCAUUUUCUGUACAUAAAUUAUCAUCCUGUGCACAAGUUAGUAUUUUGAACCCACAAAAUGCUAACUUGAGCUCACAAGAUGCUAAUUUGUGCACAUAACAUGCUAACUUGUGCUUACUAUAUGCUAAUCGGUGCUAACUUGUGUUCACAAAACACUAAUGUGUCGACUCAAAAUGCUAAUUUAUGCUCACAAGAUAACAAUUUGUGCACACAAAAUGCUAACUUGUGCACACAAGCUACUAAUUUGUGCACAGAAAACAGCAAACUUUGUGUAAACAAAAGGCUAACUUGUGUGCACAAAACAUGAAUAAAAUGCUAAUUUGUGGCCACAAAACAGCAAUUUGUGCACACAGAAUACUCAUUUGUGCGCUAAAAUGCUAAUUUGAGGGAACAUUUUCAAUGUCGCGUCCAGGGCUCGGUACAAACAGCUUUCUUUUUAUAAAUUAAAGCUCAUAAAUGCUCAUUACUAUUUCAGCUACGACCAGAAUCCACAAACGGAUGGGACGCACUUUGCUUCAGUCUUACUCAACAGUUAGCUUUACCUUAAGGCAGUGGAUACCAGAUCUCUGUUCUGUUGUAGGUUUUUAUUUUUCUACUGCUGUCCUCCCAACCUCCCGAAAGACCCGGACUGUACAGUUUUUUUUUUAUUUUGCAAGAACUGUAUAGAAAUGCUGCAGUUGUUGAAAACUGUUUGUCCUCUUUUUAAUAAAAC